CUGCGUACGACCAGCAGUGUCCGCAAUCGGCAACCUUACAAGUGAGAAGCUGCUCCUCCGUCUCAAACCGCCUGUGGGGAAGGAUUUUAAAGCGCCUGAUUCUAACAAUGAAUGAAAUUUCUCUUGGAUUACAAACUAUGAGGAGCUUUCCCCUCGCGUUGUCCUCUGAGCAGCUGUGACCAUCGUGUCCAGACACCGAUACGCACCGUCCUCUGACACGUCUCUACUUGUGGUCACCCUUCGAGGAAACAUGUCACCCAAAUUACUGGCUUAUGUCUUACUUCUGUCUGUCCUUCAGAACUGCUCUCUAACAAUGGAGUACGAAGAAGACUACGAAGAUGUCACUGUGAACCAAAUGCUGGCUCCUAAAUCACAAGAUACCGACACCACGGAAAUACUCAACAAUUUACUGAAAGAAUAUGACAAGAAACUGCGACCGGAUAUUGGAGUUAAACCAACUGUUAUAGAUGUCGACAUAUUUGUGAACAGCAUCGGACCAGUGUCAUCAAUAAAUAUGGAAUAUCAAAUUGACAUCAUCUUUGCCCAGACGUGGACAGACAGCCGUCUCAGAUACAACAGCACAAUGAAAAAAUUGACUCUGAACAGCAAUAUGGUUGGACUUAUUUGGCUACCAGAUACCAUCUUCAGGAACUCCAAGAAUGCAGAUUCCCACUGGAUUACAAUGCCCAACCAGCUGCUCAGAAUAUGGAACGAUGGGAAGAUACUUUACACCUUAAGGCUGACAAUAAACGCAGAAUGCCAACUGCAGCUGCACAACUUUCCAAUGGACGAACACUCCUGUCCACUCAUCUUCUCCAGCUAUGGAUACCCACGAGAUGAGAUGAUUUACAAGUGGAGGAAGAACUCUGUGGAGGCGGCUGACCAAAAGUCUUGGCGUCUCUACCAGUUUGAUUUUAUGGGCCUGAGAAACACUACAGACAUAAUCAAGACUACAGCAGGUGACUAUGUGGUGAUGACAGUGUACUUUGACCUAAGUAGAAGAAUGGGAUACUUCACCAUCCAGACUUACAUCCCCUGCAUCCUCACCGUCGUCCUCUCAUGGGUGUCCUUCUGGAUCAAAAAAGAUGCCACGCCAGCCAGAACAGCGUUAGGUAUAACCACAGUGCUGACUAUGACUACCCUCAGUAGCGUGGCCAGGACGUCACUACCCAGAGUUUCUUAUGUCACUGCCAUGGACCUUUUCGUCACCGUCUGCUUCCUGUUUGUCUUUGCUGCUCUGAUGGAGUAUGCAACGUUAAAUUACUAUUCAUACAGUGCUCGAAGACCCAGCUGCAUGGAGCCGAAACGAUCGAACUAUUCCGUCCUGGAUGUGAGACCACCGCACACAGUCAUCGCUUUAAACAACUCCAUGUACUGGCAGGACUUUGAGGACGCUUGUGUCUACGAGUGCCUGGACGGAAAAGACUGCCAGAGCUUCUUCUGCUGCUUCGAGGAGUGUAAAGGAGGGGCAUGGAGGAAAGGACGCGUCCACAUAGAUUUACUUGAACUGGACGCAUACUCGCGUGUCUUUUUCCCCACCUCCUUCUUGCUGUUUAACAUUGUCUACUGGGUAGGCUAUCUCUACCUUUAGCACACUACAGGAGCCUGUUUGGUCACAGAAGGAGGACAACACAGUAUAACAGGAUAAAUUCAAGAUUAAUAAAUAAUAAAAAAAAAGGUAACACCAAAUAAACUCUUUCCUGCGGUACCUGAAGCAGUCACCUGGAGAUAAAAAGAGAGGACAGGGUGUGUCUGCAGGUCUGUGCCGAGCAGAGAUUUCUGCCUCUGUGACUUCAGGUAUGAGAAUACAACACAAUACUGAUUCCCUUCGAUAUGCUGUACACAGAGGGAGGACAGGAUGGAUUGUGUGCUGAUGACAAUUUGAAGACAAAGAAGGAAAUGUGCUUUGCACUGCUACCCCAAACUCUCAAUCAGGAGGAUGACUUGUGUUGUAGGGAUUGUACUGGCACGUUAUUAUCCAGCCAUCAGUCAAAUCCAGUUGAUGAAAAUCCAAGGACAUUCAAACCAUUCAUAGUGCCUUCCUCUGGAGGGGUAGAUACUAUCUGCUACAAUAAUCAGGGAAUAAUGAUUUAUAAAAAGUUAAAAAAAAGAAGAGCCUGGCUUUGACUGAUUGUGGCUGUUCUCAUUCAGAGCUUUGAGUUACAGCCAUUUGUUGUAACAACCACAUGAAAAAUCAUUUAUCCCCUCACACUGACUUUCAGCCAUUAGGCAUGACUUAUUCCUCCUGCUUGCAACACUAUUAGUAUCCCUAUAUGGUCAAAUAAAUAAAAGGGUUCCCAGGGAAGAGAAUUAUUUCAAUUGACCUUACAGCAGAAUAAUACUAUGUGUUUUAUUGGUAUAUCUUGUUUUACGUUAGAGGAUGUGACGUCAAAUAUUUGAUCAGUUCUUUGUAUUUUAUUUAUGUUUGUGUUUGUACAGGCACAGCUCUCUCAUCAGGGUCUCCUGGAUGUGCACCCAGGGGCUCGAGAGACAAUAAAAUGGUUAUGGGAAAGUGCUAGCCCCAUGUACACAUUCAUUGAUAUAUUUAAAAAAAAAAACAAUUUCCUUUAAGGGAUUGGUUUUGGGAUAUUUGGGGAAAUAUAUGUCUUUCUUGCAAAGAGUUUGAGGAGGAAAUUAAUAGCAUUUUAAUGUCUGUACGCUAAUAUGCAGCUAUAGUCAACAACCGCUUAGCUUAGCUUAAAGACAAAGCAACAACAAAAUUUGCCUACAAGCAAUUUGGCUAUUUUACAGAAUACACAAACAAGAUAUAUUGUGUU